UCAAUUUUUGUCCUUCUUAGAUGUGAACGAGUGUGAGCUGCUGAGCAGUGUGUGUGGCGAAGCAAAGUGCAUGAACAUGGAUGGGUCCUUCAUCUGUGUAUGUCCUGAGGGCCAGGACUACAAUGUCAUGAUUGCCAAGUGUGAGCCCUCUCAAACAGGGCCUUCUGUAGAGCGGAAAGAUUGUUACUACCAUCUGAGCGAUGAGAACCUGUGUGAGAGUGUGCUGAGCAGCCAUCUCACUCUACAGGAGUGCUGCUGCACUCUGGGAGCUGGCUGGGGGGACAACUGUGAGGUAUACCCAUGUCCAGUUAAUGGUACAGACCAGUUCAGCCAAAUGUGUCCAUCUGGAAGAGGUUUUAUUCCCAACGAAGACUUGUUAAAUGGAAUAACCUUCUCAAACAGUUACACAGAUGCAGAUGAAUGCAUGCUGUUUGAUAAGGAGGUGUGUAAAGGAGGCUACUGCGGGAAUACGGAGGGAAGCUAUGAGUGUUACUGUGCGAGUGGACACUACUACGACCCAAUCAAGCUGGAGUGCACAGAUGUCAAUGAGUGUUUGGAUGAGUCCAUUUGCGGUGGAGAGUGUCUGAACACAGAUGGCUCAUACAUUUGCUUCUGUAAACAUCCCAUGGUGCUGGACCCAAACAGUGGCCGCUGUGUUGUGCUUCCCCAGUUGGCUGAGCAACAGGAGAUGGAGCUGGAAGACUAUCAAGGGAUCUGCUGGCAGACAGUCACAGAAACCAAGACAUGCACACGGCCUCUGGGGCCCAACAGAAAGACAACCUUCACUGAGUGCUGCUGUCGGUUCGGAGAGGGCUGGGGAAUGGACUGUGCUUUGUGUCCUGCCCGACACUCAGAGGAUUAUGCAUCCAUGUGUAACAUUCGAUUGGUGGGGAGGCUGCAGCCAUACGGUCACGAUGCUCUUGUUGCUGGUCCAGUCCAUGAAUAUGAAGUGAGCCCAGACUACUUGCCGUCACCUGAUGAACAGCAUGUCCCAAACUUUGAUGAAAGUGAAGAGUAUCGCUACAGUGCAUUUGAGGGCCUGCAAGCUGAGGAAUGUGGCAUCCUGAAUGGCUGCGAGAAUGGUCGGUGCGUCCGGGUUCAGGAGGGUUACACCUGUGACUGCUUUGCAGGAUACACCCUUGACAUGUCGCGCAUGGCCUGUGUUGAUGUGAACGAGUGCUCAGAGCUGAACACCCAGAUGCUGCUGUGUAAAAAUGGAAAAUGCAUCAACACAGUUGGCUCCUAUCAGUGCGAGUGUCUGCCGGGCUACAGGGUUUCUGACAAACUCAAUUACUGUGUGAAGGUGGACAAACAGCAAACAUCUACACACACUCAGUGAGAAGAAGCAGAGACCACUAAAACCUCAUGUACAAGCUCAUAACUUCCAUACUUAAGAGGACGUCCGCUGAGUAGAUGAAAAGUUCUCAGCUGCAACCAAAUUCUACAUGUCCUCAAGCACAACUGAACAUCAGCACUGAGCAGGACGAACAACGAGGGGAGCAACAGUUAGGGGGUUUCUGUUCUCUUAGCACAACCUAAAAUACGUUUGGAUUUGGAUUUAUCAACUCCCAAAAUUUCCCUUAGAAUUUAUUGUACCAUGAUAUGUUGUCAACAACAACAUGUAUACUGCCCAAUCUGAGAGCCAGCUGUCUUUUAUCUUAAUACAUUUUUAUUAUUAUGCCUGAGAUAAAGUAAUGAUCAAUUGGUUAAAUAAAUUACUUGUAUCACUCUAAUGGCCAAAUAUGGGGAAAUUUGCUGAAUGACUACGGCAUUAAAGAAAAUGAUGGUUCUGAUUUCAUUUUUUGUUUUGUUCAAGAGAUGUAUAAACCUGCUGUGGGAUUAACAUGACCAAUAUACUGUAGCUGGGUUUCUUAUGUUUAUGUUUCUGCUUCAAAGGAUCAAAAAGAAAAUUUUUUGCUCCCAGAGUUACAUAAAUGCAUGGUCUAUUAUCAGAGGCUGUAUUUAUUGAAGACCUUGAUGGGUCAAUGGUAAGCUGACGUGAAAUUUCUUUUGCUAGAAGUAGAGUUGAGGUGUAAUUAGAUCUGAGAGGAGCAAAGGAAUAACCCCUAGCGUGGAAAAAAAUGAGGCACUUUUUCGGUCCUCAGUUUACAUCAAAGUCCUCACUUUACCAGUUAAAUGAGCAAAAAAUGUUCUCACUCAGUUACAAGUACAAGAACACACACAAUCAAAUCCACUAUAUUCAGCACUGUAUAAAGAAAAAACACAUAAGCCGAAGUUAAACUAUAAAGUUAUUUUAUGAACAUUCAGCUUAUUUCUGGGAGUGAGGCGUGUGUUAAAAAUGUAUGUUUCGUUAUUUUUUUCUAAGUGCCUUUCAUUUGUCUAUAAGUGGUGCUUUAUGAGUCAUUAGAAACAGUUUAGUUCUUUUACCUUUUUUGACAAACCCAACAUAUACAUUGUUUACUGGGGGAUCCUGUCAUAUCCACAGCACUUCAAAAUCAUCGUUGAAUAUUUAAUUCUGCAGGGAUUCCGGCUGCCCGUUCAAUCACUUCCUCUGUCCAUGCCCUCUGGGAACAAGUUUUUAUCAUCACACCACAGCACCAUCGGGUCAUUCAGCCUCCAAGUGUCCCUGAGCUAGAGGAAGUCACUUAGCUUUGGUAAUAAGCUUUUCCUGAAGUUUUCUCUUUGAUGUGUAACAGCUGUCAGAUGCAAUCAGACAGCUGCAAAACACAGAACAAAACUAUGCUUCAUGUUUUCCACAAAGAACUAAAUGAGCUGUUGCUCCCUCCCUCCGUCUUUAAGGGGCCAAAACCAUCUUUUCCUGACUGGGUUUCACUGCAUAGUCUUGCCAGGUUGCGAUGCUGCUGUGGGACAGCGAAGGGAGAGAAGAAACGAUUGUACAUUUCAACUAAAGAGCAGGGAAAAUAGCUUCUGUAUUUGUAAUUUGUACAAGUAAAUGGCUUUUUCUGGUAAUUCAAACAUAAUGUACAAUAAACCCACUGGUAAUAAACUACAAAUUGUGAUAUUUAA